AUGAUUUGGAUUACUGCAAGCGAUGGUACUGAAGAAAUUACCACCGAAGAAAUUGAAAUUCUACCCAUUCCUGAGACAGGAUCAUGGAGUAAAGUUGAAACUAAUGAUUCUGUAGAUAAUCAAACCAUUGUUCAUAACCUCUUUGCCAUACAAAGUCCAGCUUCAGAAUCACCUUACAAUCAUCAUUUAGCAUUUCAGCGACUAGUGAUUCAUCAAGCAAUUAUAAGUCAACACCCCAGUGAGGAAAUAAUAUACGGUUUAGAAGAGGAAGAAGAUAACACUGAAUUUGUCUUAGUCACAGGUUCCAACUUGGAUUCGCACGUUACGUUGCCUAUGAGCGAUGAUAUGAUUCUUGUAGGACAGAGGGUUUUUAAUAAUUAUGAUGCAGAAAUGUCUAUGACAUCAGAUAAUCCAAAUUAG